UAUAUAUGUAUUAGAGGGUUAAUAUAACAUAUAAACAUUAUUAAAAACCUAAAUGUGACAGUUAUUGUUUGUCCUGAAAGAUAACUUUGGAAAAAAUAUGAUUUAAAAAAUAUGAUUUUCACAGAACGCACAUACUUGCCUGUUGCCAUGCACUAUGAAUGCGUGUGUUUGUACCCACAUCUUUCAUUUAAAAUCUUAAGCAAACACACAAAGAGCAGGCGGAGGCUGCAUCUGCUGACGUACAGCCAGUGGCUGUGAGUGAGUCCAUUUGCUCCGAGCCUCUGAAUCACAGAGCAUCUCUUCAGGAGCAUCUCCAACAAAAGCAGCAGAGGAUUUUCAAAGACAUCUGGAGAACUGCAACAUCUGAUUCUUCAAUUACAUCUGCAGCUCUAAGCUUCUUUUAUUAUUGUUCAUCCCAUCAUCUGAAUCAGUUUUAUUACUCUUUAUUAGCCUAUUCUUUUAUUGCUUGAAUUUUUUGUUUCCUCUCUAAUUUCCAUCUCUCACCUGUUGUCUGUUCUUCCCCAUCUCUUUAUCUUCACAAAUCCUGAUGAACAACUCAUACUUGCAAUUUCUUAAAGGACAGAAACCUGCUAACAGCACAUCUUUGCCUUCUAAUGUCAGUACUGUGGAUCCUCCAGCAGGGGCGCUGUGCGAGCAGGUCCAGAUCCAGGCAGAGGUUUUUCUCACCUUGGGUAUUGUGAGUCUUCUGGAGAACAUACUCGUCAUCUCGGCUGUGGUCAAAAACAAAAACCUUCACUCUCCAAUGUACUUUUUCUUGUGCAGCCUGGCUGCUGCGGACAUGUUGGUAAGUGUAUCGAACUCUCUGGAGACCAUUGUCAUUGCAGUACUAAACAGUCGCAUUUUGGUGGCCAGUGAUUAUUUUGUACGUUUGAUGGACAAUGUGUUUGACUCAAUGAUCUGCAUUUCUCUUGUGGCGUCCAUUUGCAACCUUCUGGCCAUUGCCGUCGACCGCUACGUCACAAUUUUCUACGCCUUACGCUACCACAGCAUAGUGACUGUACGUAGAGCGCUGGUCGCAAUCGCUGCGAUCUGGCUGGUGUGUGUGGUUUGUGGGAUCGUCUUUAUAGUGUACUCUGAGAGCAAGACCGUGAUCGUGUGUCUAAUCACAAUGUUCUUUGCCAUGCUGGUUCUCAUGGCAACUCUCUACGUACACAUGUUUCUUCUCGCCAGACUUCAUGUCCAGAGAAUCGCUGCAUUACCCCCAGCAGCAGCUGCCGCUGGAAACCCGGCCCCACGUCAACACAGCUGCAUGAAGGGAGCCGUGACCAUCUCCAUCCUCCUCGGAGUGUUUGUGUGUUGCUGGGCGCCCUUUUUCCUCCACCUCAUUCUGCUGGUGUCGUGUCCGUACCAUCCGCUCUGCCUCUGCUACAUGUCCCACUUCACCACGUACCUGGUCCUCAUUAUGUGCAACUCUGUGAUUGACCCCCUCAUCUACGCCUGCCGCAGCCUGGAAAUGAGGAAGACUUUUAAGGAGAUACUCUGCUGUUUUGGCUGCCAACCUUCACUUUAGACAUUAGUACAGAAUGUCUGAUUUGAAACAAAUCUGGAUAUGUAAAGAAAAUGUUUACCUUGAUGUAAGAUGCCAAAGCUUGGUGGUCAUGAUAAUGUUGCACAUCCUGAGAUAAGGGUAAGAAAGGAAAGCUUUAAAACGGGAAAGCUCAAGUGCUGUAAGAAAAUCAGUGAACUGGAGGGUAAAUUGAAUGUGACCUAUGAAUAGGGAAGAUCAAUUAUUUGUUACACACUCUUGGAAAAGAUUCUAUAUAGAAUCUUAAAGGUUUCUGUCGGGUGCUUCAUAUAUAGGGGUUCCCAUCACGGAAUCGUUUUAUGGAUUUAGUUUUAAUGAAUUUUGUUAUAAUUCAUUUUUAAUUUUAAAGAAAUUUUAAGGAAAUAAACAGGUAUACAUACUAUAGUAUAUACAAAAUUAUGGUAUGAAUAAAUAUUUGAAACUCUACAUUAUUUCUAGGUGACAAAUUAAUGACAUUGAUCAUGUGACUCUAUACAGAAGGUUAGAUGUUCUUUCAUUGAAGCCAAGGCACUCUCAUGGCAAUACAUAUAUUUUACGUUUUGGCAAAUUGGUGUAUGAUCUGCUUAUUUUUUCUUAAAAAUCAUACAUUUUGUACAAAUCAAACUGUCAAGAAUUUGCCAAAACAUAAAAUAGUUAUGUGUUCUCAUGGGAACGGGUUGUUGAAGCACAAGAUGCUGUUUGGAUCAUCCCAAUUUAUGCUGGAUCACAUGAUUUGUUUGAAACAAAUUUGUGGCGUUCAUGCAGCUUGAGUGCAAAAGGAGGACAAACCAAAUAAUAAGAAUUAUAAUAAAGAAGAAUAACAUUUUUACUAGUGGUAUCACACUUUUAGACCCCAUGGUACGGUAUUUUUAAAAUGUGUAAAUAGUAUAUUUUAGGUAUCUGUGACAGUGUUCGGACCAUUCUGUCUGAUAAUGGUGUGUAAAUGCUUGUGUUCAACGUUGCUGAAGUGAAAUCUGAAGUGAAAACAGUCCUGUGGUGAAACUUGCUUUUUUUGGAAAGUUAGGGCACUUCCUACACAUAUGACUGCAUCAAUUUUUGAGGUGUCUCUUACUUUGUUGCUUUGACUGCAAUAUGCAGUCUAACUCAGCCCAGCUGCUCCAGUCCGCUUGUGUGGAUCAUUUAGCUGUCAAAGCUGCCGUUCAGUGGUGGAAUGUAACUGGGAAAUGAGCAAUAGCCAACUAAGCAUGUCAGUUUCAACACCAAAUAUCCCUCAUUUUUGGUGUUUUUGCCUUUUAUUCUGAUAUGGAAGUGAGAGAGGAUCAGAAAGGCAGGAUUUAAACUCAGGUUGCCCAAAGCACAACCACACUGUGUAACAGAGUGCUGCCCACAAGGCUCUGACCAAAUAUCCCUCUUAAUCCACUGAACAGCAUUAUAGUUUAGCUUUUUUAUGGGUAUGAAGUGGUUUAAGUUUGAUAUUCUGCUUAUUUAGCUGACCUUUUUGUAUUGAGUCUCAUUGCAAUGUUAUUUGGACUGUGCUUGCCACUCUAUUAACACUUUUAGUGCAUGAGAUUUAGCACUUGACUUGUAUGUGUAGCCACAAGCUUCAACAAUUAUCUGCA